AUGAAGGAAGAGGCCAAACUUAACUGUAUCCCAUCACUUUCUUCCUCUCCUAGCAGUCCCAGCGGACGGUUGACGGGUCUUCGCAGUUUUUGCCGACCUGCUGACCUACAGGUCGAACUCGGAGAUCUUAUUGAGAUCGAUCGUACUAUCUACACUCAUUGGGGACUCUAUGUUGGGGAUGGCGAGAUCGUACAUGUGUCGGGUCCGAAAUCAGACAUUUCAUCAAGCGAGUCUUUCGUGAGGAGAUCCUUUCUUAAAGAAGUAGCAGGGGACUGUUUGGUGAGGGUCAACAAUAAAGAAGUGCCGGCCAAAGAACGAGGACUCGAGUGCCUAACUCUCGAAGAGAUUCUUUCCCGGAGUCUCAACUCCGUAGGACAAUCAGUUCCUUAUAAUUUCUUGACCAAAAAUGUUGAACAUUACGUCACAGAAUGGAGAUAUGGUGUCGGAUGGAGUGAUCAGACAAAGAUUUUUGAUUUUUUUCCUCUCUCUGGUGUCAUAUUUUUUUUCUCAACAUUGUCUUUUGCUCUGUUCCUUCCCCCCCCCUCUCUCUCACACACACUCACACACACACUUUAUUCCUCUAUUUCCAUCCUUCUCUCUUUCUUUCUCAAUCCUUUUCUUUCGUUAUCUAUCCUUUUUUUUUUAACCUCCCUCCCAUCUUUACCUGUCACUUUUAUUCUCUUGACCCUUUUCCUUACUCAAUCAAUGUGUAUGGUUCUUUUACUUUAUCUCUCUCACUCACAAUCUAUAAUCUUCACUUCUUUUCUCAUCUUUUCUAUUCUCUCUUUCUCUUUACAUCAUCUAUUUAUCUCUUUCUUCAACCUCUUCUCUUUAUCAUCUCCCCUCAUUGUCUCUCCAUAA